AAUGUAUUGAUUGACACAGAUUUAUGUCAAGAAAAUUGCUGACAAAUUGUGUUUUAUCUGUUAAAAAGUUUUCGUUGUUGUUGUCAACCAUUAAACCGGUCGUCAUUUUUUAUGGACCCUUGAGUUCAAUCAUCAGCACCGCAGACCAAUUGGUUAAGGAUGAGUGUCAAUACCACGGAAGCCCUGAUGGAAGAGCUCAACAAUAACCCAAUAGAUGCCAAUUCUUUCGCGCGACCAGACCUUUCACGGGUCAGUCAUAUAUCGUGGAAAGCAUUCAUCAAUUUUGAUGACCAGAUAAUUGAGGCAACAGUGGACUUAACUGUUGAUAAACAAAAUGAAACAAUUGAUGAACUAUUUCUCGAUACAACACAACUUAGUAUAUUUGAUGUCAGAAAUGGUGAAACUAAUGAACAAUUGAGUUAUGAAUUAAGUCCAUCAGUGGCUGUAUUUGGUUCUAAAUUGACCGUAAAGUUGCCGCCGAAGAAACGGUCAAUAAUUCGCAUAGACUAUCGCACCAGUAAUAAGGCCUCAGCUCUUCAAUGGCUAAAACCGGAACAAACAGCCGGUAAACGACAGCCUUAUUUGUUUAGUCAGUGUCAAGCAAUUUAUUGCCGAUCAAUAAUCCCGUGUCAGGACACACCUGCAGUCAAAACACCAUAUGAUGCAACCGUUGUCGUACCAAAGGAUGUGGUGGUUCUUAUGAGUGCAAUGAGGGUUGAAUCGGGAAGUUGGCAUCAAAGUGAUAAAGGAAUGACUAAAGAGUAUCGAUUUGAGCAAAAGAUAGCGAUUCCCAGUUAUCUUAUGGCUAUAGUGGCCGGAGAUUUGGUGUCAAAGAGAAUCGGUCCGCGAUCUCAUGUUUGGUCUGAACCAGAAGUGAUAGAUCAAUGUGCCUAUGAGUUUGCAAACACCGAAAAAUUUAUUACAACCGCUGAAAAUAUUGUCGGGCCGUAUGUUUGGGGUAUUUACGACCUGUUAGUAUUGCCGCCGUCAUUCCCAUUCGGAGGUAUGGAAAAUCCUUGUCUUACGUUUGUUACGCCAACACUACUGGCCGGUGACCGAUCACUGGAUGUUGUUGUGGCACAUGAGAUAGCGCACAGUUGGACAGGAAAUCUGGUGACAAAUAAGAAUUGGGGCAACUUUUGGCUAAAUGAAGGAUUCACUCGAUUUUUAGAAAUGAAAAUCGUUGGACGUCUCAAUGGUGGUGAACCCAAUCGACAAUUUAACGCUAUUGGAGGCUUAAAGGCAUUAAAGUUUGAAAUCGAGGCAAUGGGUGAACAAAAUAAUUACACAAAAUUAAUGAUUGAUCCAAGAGGUGUUGAUCCCGAAGAUGCCUUCUCAUCUGUACCUUAUGAAAAAGGACACACAUUUUUGUUUUAUUUGGAGCAACUUCUUGGAGGUCCACAAGUUUUUGAGCCAUUUCUCAAAUCAUAUAUCAAUCACUUUAAGUAUCAAUCUAUCGAAACAAAUGAUUUUAAAGAAUAUUUGGAAAAUUAUUUUAAAGACAAAACAGAUAUAUUAAGUAAAGUAGAGUGGGAUCUAUGGCUUCACAGCACUGGAAUGCCGCCCAUUAUUCCAGAUUAUGACAAAUCUUUAAGUAAAAUGUGCACUGAAUUGACAAACAAAUGGAUUAACGCCAAUGACAACAAUUUGUCUGAAUUUAAAUUGAGUGACAUAUCAUCAAUGAAUCCAAUGCAAGUCAAGGAGUUCUUAAGCCAAUUGCUUGAUAGCGAAAUACCACUCUCUUUAACAAAAAUGCAUGUCUUGACUGAAAUAUAUGGACUCAAAAGUAAUAAAAACUCUGAAAUCAGAUCGAUUUGGAUACGUUUGGGUCUUAAAUCUCAUUGGAAAGAGUGUAUCAAUGAAACCAUUGAGUUCAUAACAUCACAGGGAAGGAUGAAAUUUGUGAAACCAAUUUACAGAGCACUGUAUGCCUGGGAUGAGACCAAACAAUUGGCUGUCAACACAUUCAACGCCAAUAAGAACCAAAUGAUGAGUAUAUCUUUGAAUUCAGUCGCCAAAGAACUUAAUAUUAAACUUUAAUUGAUAUAUAUUUCUACAAUUGUUUUCAAUAUUUUGUGAUAUUUCAAAAUGAAAAUAUUAAUAAAAUUAAAUGUUUA